AGAGAAACUCCUGCACGUUCGAACCAACUGUUGCGGUUGUCGACCUGCUGAACGUCGUCGCAAUGCCCAAUAUGCGUGGCAAAGUUGCACUCAUAACUGGUGCAUCUUCUGGAAUCGGCGAGGCAACUGCUUUGCACUUCGCCAGCCUUGGCUGCUCACUUUCGAUCACUGCGAGGAACGCAACCGCUUUGGACACGGUGGCUGAACAGUGCAAGGCGAACGGUGAUGGCGGAGUGGAAGUACUCGUGACCACGUGUGACAUUCGGAACACGGAAGCUGUUUCUGCCAUUAUUAAACAAACAGCCGAACACUUCGGGAGGAUUGAUAUUGUGGUCAACUGUGCUGGGUCAGCGACAAUCGGCCGGGUAGGAAAAAUUCCGCUCGAGGAAUUUGAUGCCGAACUUAACACAAACCUGCGCUCCGUGUUCCACAUAACACAGGAAGUAUUGCCCUACCUCAAGGAGACUAAAGGAAAUAUAGUUAACGUCUCUAGCAUUGGAACAAUGAGGCCGGUGCCCGAAGUUUCUUUGUCCGGCAUCAGCAAAGCAGGUAUUGAUGCGCUCACACGGCUUUCGGCAGUGGAAUAUGCCCCGUAUGGCAUUCGUGUAAACUCCAUCAAUCCAGGCCCCAUUGAAACGAAAAUGGUGUUCAAGGAAGAAAUGAGCUCCGAGACACAGAAAAUGCUCCGAUCUCAGCUGGAAACAUCGAACAUCAUGGGUCGCAUUGGUGGAACCGUCGAAGAAGCCGCCCGUGUAAUCGCUUUUCUGGCCUCGGACAACGCCUCAUUCAUCACAGGUCACUUACUGCCGGUCGAUGGUGGCAGACUCCUAGUCGGGCCAAUGGUGGCAACGCUGGCGGUAAAGAAGAGUGCAGAUCUGCCUACCAGCAAUUGAAAUUUGCAAAUCAAGCGCAGAAUAAUCAGCGCUGCUUCUGUACGCACUAUAAUAAAGAUAAACAGGAAUCUAUGAGGUGUCCAC